CUUUGAUUUAAGGCCUCAUGAAGGUUGGUGAUGAUUUUUCAACUUCCAAAAAGAGUGAUGACAUCUGUUUUAAGGUGGCAAACAGGUUAUCAAGAAUCCGAUGGAUGGUAAGAGGUCUCGAUUUCAAGACAUUCAUUGUGUUAUUUGUUAUACUGCCAUCAGCCAUCGCAGGAAUAUACGUUCAUGGCCAAAAAGUUACAUACUUCCUCCGGCCGUUAUGGCAGUCACCACCAAAACCUUUUAUUCAUAUACCUCACUACUAUCAUCCAAACGUAUCAAUGGAGUCGUUAUGCAAACUUCACGGUUGGGAGCUUCGUGAUUACCCUAGGAGAGUAUUUGAUGCAGUGUUAUUUAGUAAUGAAAUAGACAUGCUUACAAUUAGAUGGAAAGAAAUGUACCCUUAUAUCACUCAGUUUGUUCUUCUAGAAUCCAACUCAACAUUCACAGGCAUAUCUAAAAAACUCAACUAUGCAAUCAAUAGAGAAAAGUUUGACUUUGUCGAGUCAAGAUUGACUUAUGGAACAAUAGGUGGAAGGUUUAAGAAAGGAGAAAACCCCUUUAUCGAAGAGGCUUAUCAACGGGUGGCUCUUGAUAAUCUCUUAAGAAUAGCCGGUAUUGAAGAUGAUGAUCUUUUGAUUAUGUCUGAUGUUGAUGAAAUUCCUAGUGCUCACACAAUCGAUCUUUUGAGAUGGUGUGAUGGGCCACCGCAGAUUCUUCAUUUGAAUUUGAACAAUUAUUUGUAUUCGUUUGAGUUCAAUUUGGAUCAUAAAAGUUGGAGGGCUACGGUUCAUCAGUAUGAAAAGGGUAAAACGAAAUAUGUUCAUUACAGGCAAAGUGAUUACUUGUUGGCAGAUUCGGGUUGGCAUUGUAGUUUUUGUUUUAGAAAUAUAAGUGAUUUUGUGUUUAAGAUGAAAGCUUAUAGUCAUACAGACAGGGUGAAAUUUUCUCAUUAUCUUGACCCGAAAAGGAUUCAGAAAGUUGUUUGCAACGGCGCAGACCUGUAUGAUAUGCUUCCUGAGGAGUACACUUUCCGCGAGCUCAUUGGGAAAAUGGGCCCGAUCCCACAUUCAUAUUCAGCAGUCCAUCUCCCUUCGUAUCUCUUGGAAAAUGCUGAUAAGUACAGAUAUCUUUUGCCUGGAAAUUGCCUUCGUGAAGAUGGUUAAGUUGCCUGGUGUCGUCCUGCUUAGAUCUGUGC